CAGCAGCGUCUGAAUGAACGCGCCCCCGCCCGCGCGCAGACUCGCAGUCUCCGUGAGAUGCCCGUUAGAUUCGGUGCGGCAGUGCAGUAUCGCGCUCGCGCUCGGGCUCGCUGAUGAUAUCGACCCCACUCAUGCGUGGAUUUCCCGCUCGCAUCCUCGCGCACACACGGAUCCGUGGACCGGAGACUCCCGCGCGGACCGGGGACGGUCAUGCCGUGAUGGUGUCACGCGCACGGACGCGCCAGCCGUGUUUGUGAAGCCGGAGAUGAUGAUGAUGAUGAUGAUGGUGGUGGUGGUGAUGGUGGUGGUGAGGAGCGGAGCUCUCCUCCGGUUACCGGGGCUCGUGAUCAGGCUGACUGUGCUGAUGUUUGUCGCCGGUUCGAGCGGGAUGCCGCACGUGCUCAGAUUCGGUGGGAUCUUCGAGUCGAUAGAGAGCGGCCCGUCUGGACCAGAAGAACUGGCCUUUAAAUUCGCGCUGAACACCAUCAACAGGAACCGAACGCUUCUGCCCAACACAACCCUCACGUACGACAUCCAGAGAAUCAACGUCUUCGACAGUUUCGAGGCGUCCAGGAAAGCCUGCGAGCAGCUCUCCCUGGGCGUGGCAGCGAUCUUCGGCCCCUCCCACAGCUCGUCAGCCAAUGCGGUGCAGUCGAUCUCCAACGCUCUGGGCGUCCCUCACAUUCAGACCCGCUGGAAGCAUCAGGUGUCGGAUAACAGAGACUCGUAUUAUGUCAGUCUGUAUCCGGACUUCUCCUCGCUCAGCCGGGCCAUACUGGACCUCGUGCACUUCUUCAGGUGGAAGAUGGUCACGGUGGUGUACGACGACAGCACCGGUCUCAUCCGCCUGCAGGAGCUCAUUAAAGCUCCAUCCAGAUACAACAUCCGCCUGAAGAUCCGACAGCUCGCCGCAGACACCAAGGACGCCAAACCGCUGCUCAAAGAGAUGAAGAAAGCCAAGGAGUUCCACGUUAUCUUCGACUGCAGUCACGAGAUGGCCGCAUGGAUACUCAAACAGGCUCUUUCAAUGGGAAUGGUGACAGAAUACUAUCAUUACAUCUUUACAACUCUGGAUCUGUUUGCUCUGGAUAUGGAGCCGUAUCGGUUCAGCGGAGUGAACAUGACCGGUUUCCGCAUCUUGAACACGGAGAGUCCGCAGGUGUCGUCCAUCAUUGAGAAAUGGUCUAUGGAGCGACUGCAGGCGCCGCCCAAACCCGACUCGGGCCUGCUGGACGGAUUCAUGACGACGGACGCCGCUCUCAUGUACGACGCGGUUCAUGUGGUCGCUGUGGCCGUCCAGCAGUCGCCGCAGAUCACCGUCAGCUCACUGCAGUGCAACAGACACAAACCCUGGCGCUUCGGAGGACGAUUCAUCAGCCUCAUCAAAGAGGCAUCAUGGGACGGACUGACGGGGCGAAUCCUCUUCAACAAAACCAACGGCUUGAGGACAGACUUUGACCUGGACGUGAUCAGUCUCAAAGAGAACGGACUCGAGAAGAUCGGGACGUGGGAUCCUCCGCGUGGACUGAACAUGACAGAGAAUCACAAGAGUAAAAACACCAACAUCACAGACUCGCUGUCCAACAAAUCACUGCGUGUGUCCACCAUACUGGAGGAGCCGUACGUCAUGUUUAAGAAGUCGGAUAAACCCCUGUACGGAAACGACCGCUUCGAGGGAUUCUGUGUGGAUCUGCUUCGGGAGCUUUCGGGAAUCUUGGGCUUCCGCUACGAGAUCCGGUUAGUGGAGGACGGGAAAUACGGGGCGUUCGAGGAGAGCACCGGCCAGUGGAACGGCAUGAUCCGCGAGCUCAUGGAUCACAAAGCAGACCUGGCCGUGGCGCCGCUGACCAUCACGUACGUCCGAGAGAAGGUGAUUGACUUCUCCAAACCCUUCAUGACCCUGGGCAUCAGCAUCCUGUACCGCAAACCCAACGGCACCAACCCCGGCGUCUUCUCCUUCCUCAACCCUCUGUCCCCUGAUAUCUGGAUGUAUAUUCUACUGGCUUGCUUGGGUGUCAGUUGUGUGCUGUUUGUCAUAGCCAGGUUCAGUCCGUACGAGUGGUAUAACCCUCACCCCUGCAACCCCGACUCAGACGUGGUGGAGAAUAACUUCACGCUGCUCAACAGCUUCUGGUUUGGUGUCGGAGCGCUCAUGCGGCAAGGGUCGGAGCUCAUGCCGAAGGCUCUGUCCACCAGGAUCGUCGGAGGAAUCUGGUGGUUUUUCACGCUCAUCAUCAUUUCCUCCUACACCGCAAACCUGGCCGCCUUCCUGACUGUGGAGCGCAUGGAGUCGCCCAUCGACUCGGCGGAUGAUCUGGCCAAGCAAACCAAGAUCCUCUAUGGCUUGGUGGAGGACGGCGCCACCAUGACUUUCUUUAAGAAAACCAAGAUCUCCACGUACGAUAAGAUGUGGGAGUUCAUGAACAGCCGUCGUCAGUCAGUGAUAGUGAAGAGCGUGGAGGAGGGAAUCCAUCGAGUGCUGACGUCCGAUUACGCCUUCCUGAUGGAGUCCACGGCCAUCGAGUUCGUCACCCAGCGCAACUGUAACCUCACGCAGGUCGGAGGCCUCAUCGACUCCAAGGCGUACGGCGUGGGAACGCCCAUGGGCUCCCCGUAUCGAGACAAGAUCACCAUCGCCAUCCUGCAGCUGCAGGAGGAGGGCAAGCUGCACAUGAUGAAGGAGAAGUGGUGGAGAGGGAACGGCUGUCCGGAGGAGGAGAGUAAAGAGGCCAGUGCGCUCGGCGUGCAGAACAUCGGCGGCAUCUUCAUCGUCCUGGCCGCCGGGCUGGUGCUGUCCGUGUUCGUGGCCGUCGGCGAGGUGCUGUACAAAUCCAAGCAGAACGCUCAGAUCGAGAAGCGUUCGUUCUGCAGCGCGAUGGUGGACGAGCUCAGGGUGUCUCUGAAAUGCCAGCGGCGGCGGAAACAGAAACCUCAACCGCCCGCCAUCGUCAAAACAGAGGAGGUUAUUAACAUGCAUACCUUUAACGACAGGAGGCUCCCGGGGAAAGAGACCAUGGCCUGAACGGACUUAAAGCCUCGAAAUCCUGCGGGACUCUCCUGUAACUCUCGUCCAAACGACGGACACAAAGAUGUUUCCUGUGGAAAUCCGGAUACGUGAGCGAUUCAGAACCACAUCCCCUCACAGAGCAGCAUUCGAUUAUCGGCUUGUAUCUUGAGUCCCAAACACCAGAGACGUCCGUCUCUCUGACGUUCGGCGAUGCGUUGUGUUCUCAUUCUAUGUUGCUUCUCUCUGUUUUCUCUGUGAAAGACACGUAGGAUGCUGUGAAACUAAGUAAAUGUUUUAAACGGAUCAGUUUUGAUGCUCACAUCACUGCAGAGAAAUGAUCAUAUGCUGCCUUUAUUGCUGCCUUCAAGAGCGCCUGAUACUGACAGGUUCCCAGAACGUUCUCGGAACGUUAGUUUAUGGUUAUAAAAACUAAAAAUAACCAUUAUAGAAAGUUCUUAUUGUCACACAAAAACCUCCCUGCAACGUUUUUAGAACAUUUGUCACACAAACUAGAACCUUUAAGAGAACAUAACCAAAAAAACAACGUUCUAGAAAUGUUCUUGUAACCAUUAUAUAACGUUCUGUAUGAGUUCUUAGUAGGGUUGUCUCACAAAAAACCUUCCUGCAACGUUCUGAGAACGUUCCUGGAACGUUAGUUUUUGGUUAUAAAACUUAAAAAUAACCAUUAGAGAAAGUUCUUAUUAGUUUUGUCACAUGAAAACCUCCCUGUGAUGUUUUUAGAAUGUUUGUCACACAAACUAGAACCUUUAAGAGAACAUAACCAAAACGUUCUGGGAAUGUUCCUGUAACCAUUAUAUAACGUUCUGUAUGCAUUCUUAUUAGUUUUGUCACAAAAAUCUCCCUGCAAUGUUCUGAGAACAUUUGUUAUACAAAAUACAACCUUGAAAGAACGUUCCAUGAAUGUUAGGAAUUGGUAAAAACAAAAAUAACCAAACGGGAACGUUCUUUGUUUGCUGACCCUUGGGUUUUACAUUUUAUUUACGUAAAAAUAUUUGUCUUCUAAGGAAGUAAAUUUAAUGAUUGUCAAGUCUUAAUUAUGAUCUGAUGUUUGUGAUAGAAAUAAAUGCUUUAAGCAAUUACUUUAUUUUUCUCUUGCUGACAAAUACAGGAAGCUUUUUAGCACUAAUGCAACAAAAUGAAGAGCGAGAGGGGCUAAAACUGGAAAACAAAAUGCAAACCGUUGUAAACAAAGAAAUUAAUUAAAGCCAAUUCAAAGUAUCUUAUGUCUCUAAACCAAGGAUGUCGAAGAAAAUCCUGCUUUAAUACAUCAUUGUGACGGCAUUCAUCACUGCAGCAUGA